AUGGACUAUGUGAAGCUCCGGAAUUAUAGACACGCAGAUCCUCUUAAGGUUCGGCAAGUGUGGGACUCCCUUGGGGCUACCAAGGGAUAUCGUGUGAUUGUUUUGGCCGACAAGUUAAUCAAAUCGCUGCGGAAAAUAUUCGCUAUGAAGGAUGAUCAGAUAAGAUUGUCACUUGAUGAAAUCGAAGGUGAUGGAUUAAUCGAGAAGGUGGAUCCAUCGUUCGGGAAGAGUGGACCAGUUGGAUAUAGACUACCAGACUUUUCAGCCCCUUGUCCUCGAGGAAAACACGAUUGGUAUUGUUUUCAGUGUCAUAAACCUGGAGAAGUACUUAAAUGUACAGAUUGCUUCCGCGUAUAUCAUGUAGAUUGUGCUCAAGAAGCUUCUAGACUUGCUAGUCCAUCUUCUAAAUCGCUCCGCUCUCCAAUGCUUCAUGACGGGUUAUUCGACGACUUCAGCUGUGCCGUCUGUGAAUCUCGACCCAAGUGCGAGUUCUCUCGCAAACAGAUACGCAAACUCCUUGAAUUCGCCAUUCACCACUUGCGUAAGCAACCACUGUGGAAAACAUUUUUGCACAUCGGUUAUCCGAAUGAGAUCAACAAAAAUGAAUUUCUUGUAUUUAAAUACACUGAUUUGGAGUUACUGCAGCGCAAGAUCAAAGAUGGCCGGUACGCUGCUCUGGAGGAGUUCUCGAUGGAUGUGCAAUUGUUGGUGCACGAUGUAUGCAUCCUUCACGGGCCCUACAGCUCCCAGGCGGAUGAGAUUCGUUUUUUUCUUCGUUCUGUGAAUGAGGAAUUAAAGGAGAUCCAGCUUUGUACAGAUUGUUAUAUCAAUGCAAAAACCCGCCUAACCGACUGGAUCAGCAAACCUUGCAAACCUCCACAUGAACUGAUCUGGGCACGCAAUCGCACCCCGACUGGUGCAGGCAUGUACGGAGAUGCAGUUAUUAGCCAUUAUUACUGGCCGGCCAAAGUCCUACUUGAACGGGAUGACGCUUACGAGAUCCGAUUCUUUGGUGGAACACAUGAACGAGCGCUCGUAAAGAAAUAUAAUACGCGUCCCUUCCACAUACCCGCGGACGAACUCGGGGUCCUUCGUCGAAGUAGCGCUACGGGUGCUGUUGCCGGGGGCGGAUUUGAACGAGCCUGGAAUGAGGUCAGCAAAUUGCAGGCAAAUAUUGACAGUGGCUAUUACACUCACUCCUCUGGUGAGAGUGACCUCCCUCCCUCUGAUGAGGACUAUUCCGACGAAUUUUAUCUUGGUCCACGUCGGAGCAGUUUAAACCACUGUCACCGACAUCAUCGAGCUGACAGCCCUCGAUCUUCGUCCACAUCCCACAGACGGACCAAACGCAGACGUAAUCCUUCUUCCAGUAGCCAUCAGACAACGACCAGCGCUACCCCGACGAACGAUGCGCCUUCACCAAAACCACUCUCUUCUUCGUCUCGUUUUUCCCAUGCACAACUUGCCACUGUGGCUCAUAAAACCCACAGCCUCGGAGCUGAUGCACAUUCUGGGCCCCAUUACAAUGACAAAAGGAAGUAUCGAACCAAGCUCACUAUGCCCAUUGUUCAACCGGGUACCCCUGGGGCUGCUGCAAUAUCAGCUCUCGCAGAGACUAAAGCGGCAAUGGCAGCAGCCGUUGGUAUUGGCCCUCGUUCUAACACCUCCAUCACAUCAGAUUUAUUCACCCUGACUAAAAAGCAUGAGUCCCUUGUAAGACAUACUAGUCGAACAUCAACAAUGACUCCAAAGCGGUCAUCCGCUAGGGGUGUUCGAGGAAAAAGGGGUGUUGGUCGUCCUCCAAAAAACCACACCAAUAUCUUGAGAGGUUCUGCAAAGAGGCCCCUUACUUCAGUUUCCGGUUCUCACUCAUCGAGAAGCUUGUCUUCACUGUCCUCAAAUUCGGAUCUGGAUGCUGACAAUGAUUGUGCUCAACCAGGUGCCUCCAAUUCCGAUUCAGGUGACUGGCUACCAAAGGGAAACAGACGCUCUUCUAGGUGGAAAAACGGAACUCCGCGUGGUCGGCGGAGAUUUCGUGGUGCAUCCAAAUCAGCAAAAAAUGCUGAUCGCUUCACAAGCCUCUGCUCAGGGAAGAACAAUAACGACAAUGGUUGGCCCAUCCUCCUCGCUUCUCCCACUAGAACAUAUGCUACUCCUGGUCGGGGCCGUCCGCGCUUAAACAACUUGCCCCCAUCUCAACUUAGGAGAGCAGCACGCAAAAGAUCCACUGUACCCGCUAGGACAUCACUUGCACCUACGAGUUUCGUGCAAAAAAAGAUGAGGAAAGGAUCAAAAAGUAUGUUGAGUGACCUGAAGGACCACCGCGAUGAAGAUGACGAACUGACGGAUCGCUGUUGCUCUCCUUCUGUUGGUGCUGGUUCUCCAGACAAGAUUUCUUGCGCGCAGAAGGCCCACCGACGUCGAACAACACAGUCCCACAGUCCUCAUGCUCAAUUGUCCCCCGGUCGUAAGAGUGUUUCGAACAAUUUGAAUGCUUGUUUCAACCUCAAGCCUUCCCCAUCAAAGCGGACAAGCAGUGGUACUCCCAGGCGGCGUUCUUCUCCGUCCAGCAACUUUAGUUCUUGCAGUUCCCCGUCAACAUCUGAUGCGGAUAGCGAUAGUGGUUUCACCAGUAGGCACCGGACACUUAUGGAAGAGAAGAGCGCCGAGGAAAGCCGUAAACUUCGCAGCCCGACACGCGGUUAUUCAGCGCACAAAGAAGCCAAGUUGUCUGGCACCAGUAGUACAAUGUUACGUCGGCCGCCGUUCGCUCCUCCUCUUGGGAAUACCACAAGCGCUUUGGGGGUGAACUCAGUAUCCAACGCUUCCGAUCGAGCAAGCUUAUCCGCUGCCGUUAAUUUAUUCUAUUCUGGACAAUCCUUAUCGGGGAAUUAUGAUCAUCCUGAGACCUCUGCCACUGUUUUAGCAACUGCUAUCAACCUCUCCUGGUCAUCAAGUGCUCCCGGUCAUCCACUCGGCGACUCUCUGGGUUCUACAGCUGCACCAGGGACUACAAGCAUAGGAUUGAACAAUACAUCGGGAUAUCCUGCCCAGCUCCCAUCACUAUCCAGGUCUCACCUUCCUCCAAACAAACGUGCCGCUGCAGCUGCUACUGCAGCAGCAGCGUUGAGCGGAACCUCAAAUAUGCCCACCGUUGAUGGUGUUGGCCACUUAUCAAACCAACUGUCAUCGAUCCAUGGGUCGGAAGUGAACUCUGUGCCAUCUGCCUCGAAACUAUCACAUCGAGGCGUCCAAACUUCACCGAUGUCUUGUUCGGAGUGCAAAGAGCGGGAAAUUCAGCGCUUGCGUGAGCUUGAAGAGCAUAAACGUGCUCUGUAUGAAUUGGAGAAUCGCCUUACCGAGCAAUUCAAAGAGGAGAAGGCAAUCGCCACGCAAGCCGCAUUGGAACAAGCUCAAACGACCAUUCGUGAAACCAUGGAACAAGAACAGAAACUGGCCUUGGAAGCAGCUGAGGCGAGGUAUUCUCCCAUCCAUUUUUGGCGCCCACCAAAAUCCUUACCAUAUAAGGACAAUUCGGACUCUUCAAAUGGACAUGCAAUCAUGUCAUCACCGCCACUCCUGUGUGUUUCCUCAGUUCCCAUGACUACUUCGAACCUACCUACGCCUUUCUUUUUGGAAGACGCACUCGGUAUUGCCCCGUCUGGACUUCAGUUUUGCUUUGACAGAGAGUGCUUUUUGGAUCCGACCUUCUCAUCCAUCGAGUUCAUAUUGACACAGGACCGACGCGAGAUCUCAUUAGAAACAUCCCGUGAUAGCUUGCUGCAGUAUUCCAAUAUUUUAAAGUCCUGUUUAGUCGAAUUGAUCAACCAGGACUACGCGGAUUUUGUCAAUUUGUCCACUAAUCUCGUCGAUUUGGAUAAGGGUAUUGACUCGAUUUCAUCGCCGCUAGAGUCGCUUAGGACAUCCGUGCUGGAACUGAUCACGGAAUUAUCUACUACAGAAAACCGUCUUUCGACAAAGCUACAUGAACGUCAGCAACUUCGCGAGAAAAAGGACUUAUUGAGUAGUCUGUAUUCCGUUGAUCAGUGUAUUGACCGUUUGGAGCGUUGGUUGAAACAGGAUGUCACGAAACCCGCCUGGAAAUCGUCACAUGACCGCCCAUCAUUUAGUCAUGCAACUGCAUUUUCCUCUGACAAACCCAGUGGUUCCGAUUUACGAGGCUUCGAGAUAGACCUGACUAUUUGGCCCCCAGACUUCUACACCGAUUGUUCUCUACAAGAAGACCCUGGACUUCGCAUCGAGCGAGUGGCUAGUGAGUAUGGCAGACUGCAGUUUUUCUCCAAGAGGUGUCAGAAUCACCCGCUCGUACAAUCGAUGAGACCGAGAAUCCAUUGGAUCACGUCCACGUUAAUGGAACAGUUGGAAGUUUGGCUCCAAAAAUCCCUAGAUGCUGCACAACUAACUUCCACGAACAAGAGCCCUGUAAUUUCAAAAGCAUACGGCGAACAACUACGUCAGGCUGUAUCCACUUAUCUGAUGAUUGACAGAUCGCCGGAUGUCGUUCAAUUGUAUCGGCGACACGUACUGCGGCCAAAACUGGAAAAAGUGUUCAUUUCCCGCUCAGAACUAUCCUGUAGUGGUUCAGAUGUCGAAAAGGCGAGUGCUGCUCUGAACGAAAUGUACACUGAAGCUUUGGCCAUCUUGGAUCAUCAGCUAGAAGUGUUCCGACAACUCAGUUCUCAACGUGCUCCCGACAGUUAUGAUCCCUUAGCAGAGUUCGACUAUCUCGUCGAUGGAUUCUGGCCAGAAACGGUCGAACUGCUCAUCCACAACGCACCUGACAUAUUUACGUCUGGUUAUCCGGAUCGAUUUCACAAGUUGUACAACGAGAGUCAAACCUUCUUGAACCAACUGGAAUCGAGACUGGAAACGGCUGGACGAAUUCGCAACUUUCGAGGCCAUCCAGCCUACAGCCAGUUCUCUAGUAAAUGGAGUCUACCCGUUUACUUUCAAAUCAGGUUCCAGGAUAUCGCUGGGACUGUAGAAAAUGCGAUGCACAUUGGCUUAAACUCUGCUUCGUCCGAUUCAUUAGACUGUCGCCUACAUGUCACCGCAGUUCUAAUUGAGCAGCUGGAGCGAUGUUGGAUGGACGGUAUCUACCUAAACAGCUUGAGACAUCGGUUUUUGAAACUAACGCUGCAGUUGUUCAACCGAUACGCCAGCUUCGCGCAGUCCCAAAUCGACAACCUUUUAGCCAAACAAAGAGGCUUCGUCUCUCAUGCUCGCAACAAAUUGCCCAAGGUUAUUCUGGCGGCACUUGGGUCCGUUCCGAACGCUGGCGCCUCUAGUCGAACAGUUUGUCCUGCUAUGUUGAAGGAUUGUUUGGAUGAAUGCGCCCGCCGCUUAGUCAGUGUGGUGGCUCCUCUCAGUGAUGCAGUGUUGGAACUCGUUAAGCCCUCGUGCCUAGAAACCAGUCGCCAGAUAUCAGACAUUCCUCGUCAAUAUCGGAGAACGAACCGCGCCUAUCCGAGUGCCCCAUCUAAUUACGUGACCAACCUGAUCUCUCCUAUCAUUCACUUGGCCGGAUCGAACGCCGGUAUCAAAGAUGACAGUACCAGCGAAGCAUUAGAGAAACUCACGCAAACAUGUAUUGAGCAGGUGGCAAACGUAUUUUUGAAGCAACUGGUCGAUGUGCUGAAUUCUGUGAAAAAAACGGAGGAGAGCUUGCGUAAACUUCGCGAAGCUCGGCGAGCAUCCAGUGCUAUAUCGGAUCAGAUCCCAAACACUGGUGACGUGUGCCUAGACGAAGAUAAGAUUCGUCAUCAGCUAUACCUGGACGCGUGCUACUUCCGUGAUCAGGUGAACGUCUUAUGUGGCACGAGUGAGGAAACUAGGAAGAAGCUCAACGAGAUCGUGCAGCUAACUCGAACGUCCAAAACAGACGCUUCGUUGAAUGGGCAGUGA